UAAAGAGGAGGCAGCUGUAGCGAGGGGAGCAAAGCACUCUGAAAGCAUUCUUCAGUCACUGCUUUACCGCCAUCGUUCUCCCAUUCUUACCUCACCUCCAUUUUUCAUCUGCUGGAUUCCCCACCACGCCAAAGCAGACCAGACUGUCUCCAGUUGCUAUGGAUAUUGCCAUCCAGCACCCCUGGUUCAGACGUGCCCUGGGCUCCGUCUACCCUGCCAGACUCUUUGACCAGUUUUUUGGAGAGGGCAUGUUUGAUUACGACCUCUUCCCUUACGCCGCCUCCACCAUCAGCCCCUAUUACAGACAGUCACUCUUCCGCAACGUUUUGGAUUUUUCCAACUCUGGGAUCUCAGAGGUGAGAUCUGACAGGGAUAAGUUCACAGUCUACUUGGACGUCAAGCACUUCUCUCCUGAUGAGCUCAGUGUGAAAGUCACUGACGACUACGUGGAGAUCCAGGGCAAGCAUGGAGAAAGACAGGUAGUCCUCCUCUCUGAUGCACACACCACGAGUGAGUGA